UUAAUUGCAGCUGCCACCCCUCCUUCCUGGACUCGAGAUUUUCCAAUCACGAGCGCCGCCCCCGAUGCGCGCCUCCUUAAGUAGCCUGGCUCGCCUCACACGCGCGUCCCCGCUGCCCGAAGCGCUGCUCUGCUCUUUGCCCUUCAUUAGUACCAUGGCUUUUUCUCUGCAAAAAGAUGAUCUUGGAGUCCAAGAUCGCUGGGACACGGAGUCCCCGGCCCUGUCCUCUUGCAGCAAUGCGGACGUCUUCCGCAGAAUGAACACGAUGUUGGGGAACUCCUUGGAUUUCACGGGGGUGUGCACCACACCGGUCACUAAGGCCAAGCGUGACCACGUGUCAGAGCUGCAGGACUCGGACUCGGCUGCUGUGAGAAGCAGGAUGCUCUUCCCCAGCGCUGGCCCAGACCCUUCCCGGGUGCUGCCUGAUAUCCACGACCUAGGCCUGGGCCUGCACUCCCUCAGCCUGUCAGGGUGGGACCGCCCCUGGAGCAGCCAGGACCCCGACCCCACCGCCCAUUCAAGCACCCCCUCUGGUGUUGGGAUGCUGAGUAGCCCUCUGAGCCACAUCUUAGGCAAACCCCUGGGCUUCCCCUCCCAUGAGCCUCUGGGUGCAGCGGACUUCUUGGACAAGUUCCCCAGCAUGGCACGGCUGAACAGCCGCCUGGACUCCCGCUCCCUGCUGGAUUCUCGCUCCAGCAGUCCCGUCGACUCGGAGACCAGCGGCUUCAGCUCCAGCUCUGAUCACCUGUGUGACCUGCUUUCUUCCCUCAGGAUCUCCCCGCCGCUGCCCCUGCUGUCUGGCCUGCAGAAGGAUGCCUUGAAGCUGGGCCUGGGCUCCCAUCUGGAGCAGGACAGCUCACCCAUGGUCACCUCCCCCUCCCCUGGCGCUGUUGCCGCAGGCGCCCUGGCCAAGCGCUGGCCCGGCGCCUCCAUGUGGCCUAACUGGGACCUGCUGGAGACGGCAGAUGGCCCCUUUAGCAUUGAGAGGGAGGCAAGGCUGCAUCGGCAGGCUGCUGCUGUGAAUGAGGCCACCUUCACCUGGAGUGGACAGCUGCCUCCCCGCAACUACAAAAACCCCCUGUACUCCUGCAAGGUCUUCCUGGGCGGGGUGCCCUGGGAUAUCACUGAAGCCGGGCUGAUCCACACGUUCCACACCUAUGGGCCGCUGAGUGUGGAGUGGCCUGGUAAGGAUGGCAAGCAUCCCCGUUGCCCUCCCAAAGGUAAUAUGCCCAAAGGCUACGUGUACCUGGUGUUCGAGUCCGAGAGCUCUGUGCGUGGACUGCUGCAGGCUUGCACUCAAGACAUGCUGCACCCUGAGGACUACGGCGAGUAUUACUUCAAGAUGUCCAGUCGGAGGAUGCGCUGUAAAGAUGUACAGGUGAUUCCCUGGGUGAUCUCCGACAGCAACUACGUUCGCUGUCCGUCCCAGCGCCUGGACCCCAGCAAGACUGUGUUUGUGGGAGCCCUGCAUGGCAUGCUCAACGCAGAAGCUCUGGCCAGCAUCAUGAACGACCUCUUUGGGGGCGUCAUGUAUGCGGGCAUUGACACAGACAAGCACAAGUAUCCAAUUGGAUCUGGCCGUGUGACCUUCAACAACCAGCGCAGUUAUCUGAAGGCAGUCAGUGCAGCCUUUGUGGAGAUAAAGACUCCCAAGUUCACUAAAAAGGUGCAGAUAGAUCCUUACUUGGAGGACUCUACGUGCCAGGUAUGCAACCGGCAGCCCGGUCCAUUCUUCUGCAGAGAUCAGGCCUGCUUUAAAUACUACUGCCGCUCCUGCUGGCACUGGCAGCACUCCAUGGACAUCCUGAGCAACCACCGGCCCCUCAUGCGCAACCAGAAGAACCGCGAGUCCAGCUAGGCAGCCGGCUGUGCGUCCACUGCCGCUCCCCCGCUCGGCCUCCUGCCGCUGGCUCUCCCACCCCUAUGGAGUGAGGCUCAAGUGCAGGCCCCUCCCCACUCCCCCACCCAUGGGAACGGAACACCACUUGGGCUUGCGGAGGGGCAAGAACCACUGUAGAAAGUUCACGAUUUGCACUUGCUAUUUUUGCUGUUUACUCGUUCACGAUGGCACUAUGCACAGUGAGGCGUUGGAAAGACCUCAUAUUGGCUAAAUACUCAGACUAGCUGGCUGCAGUUAGAUGAUUCCAGCCAGUGCUUUGAAGAUGUUGAUUGGGGGGAAAUGCCUUUUUUCUUUUUUUAAGAGCAGUCUUUUUGUUUUACAUGCAUGUUGGCGGAUGAUCAUGCAGGCCUCGUUGCCUUUUCACAUUGCCCAAUCCAGUACAGUGCCUUCAAUUUCUCCCCCAUCCCUUCCACCAGUGGGUCGGCCCGUUUCAUUGGCGACCUGCUUGGUUUUUUACUUUGGGAGAUGAGUUGGGCCUCAUUUAUUAACCAGUCGCAUUUCAUAAAUUUUUAUGCAGUUUUUUACUAAUUUUUUUACACACUUUUAGUCGAGACAUGGGAAAUUUUGACUCAACCUGGCGGCUUUUUAAUUUCCCCCAUUUUUUUUUCCAUUGCCCCCCCCUUCCCCAUGUGACACUGGGGAUUUUUUUUUUUUCCUUUUUUUUCCCUUCCAGAUGUACUGGGGCACGAAGGUGAAACAUUGCCCUGUGCAGGUCCUCCAGUUGAUUUGCACCAUGCUGGAUGCUGCCACAACUCAGGUUGCUGUGUUUUCAAACCCCAACCUGGAUUCAUGGAUGCCAACCUGGAACAGACUUAGACCUUAGAUGUGUACAUAGUUUUAAAGUAGUUGCACUUUUUUUAAUUUGCACUUCGGAGAAGGGGAAAAACGGUGGUUUUAAACACUAGUCAGCAGAAGGGCAGGUCCUUGGCAGCGGUCAUGGGCGAAGCUGCUUGUGACACUGUUUUGGAUGAGGAAGUGACUUCCUGUACGAGGAAGGAGUAUUGAACCAUGCUGGUCUGCUUUUCCUGGCUCCUCUCUCAGCCUCAGAUAUAUUAAGCUAUGUGCAGAUGAACCAGUUUUUUGUGUUAAGUUGUGCUCGUGCUGAGCCUGUUGCCUAGCCCAGCUUUUUUUUUUUCCCCUCCCCCCUCCCUUUUUAAAUCCAACCUCAUUAUGGGCAUUUUUUUAUUUUAUUUUUUUCCCCCCCCUUUUUGCUGUGUUUACCUGCAGAUGUGGAGUAUGUUCUGACUGGGCACAAAUAAAGGUGUUGAAGCAUUA